AUGAAAUUCCAGACGUACGUCUGCAGUUCUACAAGAUCGCAGGCUUUCCUGGCGUCACAGGAUGUUGUGUCCGGACCCAACCUGGAGUUCUACGAUAUUGUGGCAAGCUGGGCUGGGUCAACUCACGACAGCCGCAUUCUGCAGAAUAGCAGAUUUGGCACCUUGUUGGAGAAUUCGCAGUACCCAGGCAUCAUCCUUGGAGACGCUGGCUAUGCCUGCAAGCCACAUCUUCUCACACCUUUGUUGAAUUUACAGACUGCCAGUGAGGAAAGGUAUAAUAAAGCUCACAUCAAAACAAGGAACUCGAUCGAAAGAGCUUUCGGAGUCUGGAAGCGGAUGUUCCCUUGUCUCACAAAGAAGCUGGCAACAAAGUUAGAGACGACAGUUGCCAUAAUCACUGCCACCGCUGUCCUCUACAACAUCUGCCGAAAAAGAAACCUGCUGACCAUGCCGGAUGAAACAGAAGAGGUCGACAGUGAGGCUGUGGAGAAUGCCACAGAUGAUAGAUUAGGGGUGGCAGCAAGACGUGCAUUCAUCCAGCGACAUUUCAGAAGUUAG